ACACCCCUCGUACGUUUUAAUUUAAAUAGGAACGAAAUUAAUUUAAAGAACUAUUUAUUCGUAAAAUUGUUCCUUGAAACAACAAAGGAAAUGUUUUUUCUAAAAACUGUAUUGAUUUGUGUGGUUAUGAUUGGUAUGGUGCGCUGUUCCGGCGAGCAUUGCUGUACGAGCAGCCAGUUUGAGGCCAAGAUGAAAGUGGAGACAGCAUCACUACCCCAUGGGAGCAGCACACCUACAGUUGAUAUUAAUACAUUUUUGUUGGAAUAUGACAGAGAUAUGAAAAUGGAAAAAAUAACGGGAACAAUCUAUAAGGAUGUGGGAGGCGUGAAUGAAACUGCUCACAACUACACUGUGGUCAAUGACUAUGGAAACGGAAAAUCCUACAACUUCGGUGUAUAUGCUGGUACUAAAUAUUGUGAAAUCACACAAACAGAUCCGAAGGACAUGAUGAAAGGCUGUAUUCCAAGUUCCUACAACUUUACUGGCUCGUUUACACUUGGAUCCGGUUCAAAUUCUGUCCAAAUUAACUCAUUUGAUGGAAUUGAGGACAACAUGCACUGGAGUAUGCAAGCAACAGUUCAUGAAUGUACUCCUGUAGCUUAUUCUGGAUAUGGAAUGAAAAAAGAUGGUUCAAAUGUGAGAACAAGUGGCUAUUUCGUCGACUUUGUCCAAAAUGCUACCUUCAGUGCAGGAACGUUUGCUCUGCCUGACAGCUGUAAAAAGACGGGAAAUUGAUUGAUCAGUAAUAUUACACCACAUCUUCACGUGCGACGGUGUCACCACUGAAUAACCAUUUUAUUUUCUUGCAGAAAACGAAAUAAAGAUAUUUUGUGAAUA